UCUGCGACCCAUCUCUUUCCCCAAAUUCAAAUCCCCGACACCAAGAAGCUAGGGUUAUUGUCUUAACUUCCUUCUUCUUGCCCACUUCCUGUCCUCCUUCACGAUUCCUAGCUUGGCAAGAUCCGAUCUUUCCCCUUUAAUUCGUUUCCCCACCCUCCCUCUCUGCUGAUUCAUCCCUACUUUGUUAUUUUUUAUUUGUCGAUCUUUUGUGGGGUUCAUCGUUGGAUCUGGAGUAUGGGUGGUUACGAAGUCGGCCGAAACCCUAGCGCGUGACGGGGGAGCACGUUAGGCCUCGGAGAUGUCUGUGGAAGAACGGAAGUCUAAUGGGUUCUUGAAGUUGGAAGAUUCGCCUAGCAAUGGAUUGAUCAAGUACAGGAGGCAGAAGCGUGCCAGGCCGGGUUCGGAUGCCAUUCGGGGCUUGAUACACCCCAGUGAGACCGUUCCAUGUACUGGUACUUUUCAUCCAGAACAAUGUCACAGAAUAAUUUGUCACUGGAACAAUAUAAUAGAACAUCAGUUCAAGUUAUCCUAUAUGAAACCAGGCCGAGGCCUCUGGAAUGUCUUCCAUGAUGCACUAUCAUUGGGUCAUUCUCAACUUGCCCACAAGUUGAUGAUGAUUUAUUUUAUCAGGGACAAUGAACAGCUAAAGGACAGAUAUUUAGGGGAUUCUGAGGUAAAGAUUCAAUAUCAAAAUCCAAAUUGUUUUGAAACAGCUAAAGUACGAAAAGUUGCAGAAACAAAAGCUUCCUAUUACGAAGAAGAAACCAACACUAGAAAGUGUGAAAAAGCCUUCCUUGAAAUUUUGAUUUCAGAAAAGUUUGCCAUGUUGUGUGAUUUUCUAUGGGAAACCUUUGAAGAUAAUAAGGCUAAAUCUUUUUUGGACUUUAGCCUGAUUGACUCAAAAUUGAAAAAUGGGGACUAUGAACAUUCACCAGAAUUGUGUAACAAGGAUGUCCAAAAGAUAUGGGACAAGGUGCAGAACAUCGGUCAAGGAAUGAUUAUUCUAGCUAGUAGUCUUUCAAGCUUGUCAAGGGCUUCCUGUCAAAAGCAGACUGUAGAAGACCUGGUAAAUGCAGCUGAUGAGCCUAAACCUGAGGUGACUUGUCAAAUAGGUCUUUUAAAGAAGAAUUCAGCAGGAUCGUAUCCAACGUCACAGUCAGAUUGUUCCACAAAACCUGAUCAAACAGAGGCAUCUGAUGUGUACAAAGCUUGCACUUGUAAGCAGUGUGGCACUGAAGCGAAUGGUGAAGGCAGCCUUAUUUGUGAUGGAUGUGAGGCAAUGUACCACUUCUCCUGCAUUAAACCUGCUAUUAAAGAGAUACCUACUCGGAGCUGGUACUGUGCUGCCUGUAGUACAAACAACAAGGAUUUUGCUGAUGCGGUCUGCACUGAAGUUAAUAAAGGUAGCUUGCACCAAAAUUGUGUGGUUUGUGACAGGCUUGAAGUUUCCGAGACACUAGAGGACCUUGAUGAGAAUGACAGUAGGAUCAGAGUAGCUGCUGACUCUGGGGAGAGCUCAGUCUCAAGUAUGGAGUCCGAAGAGACACCAGAACUGUCGAGGACUGCUAUAUCAUGCUUGUGCAAGAUUUGCGGAACAAGUGAGGGCGAAGAGAAAAAGUUUUUAAUAUGUGGUCAUAUUCACUGCCCUUACAGGUUCUAUCAUAUCAGAUGCCUAAAAAGUAGUCAGAUAGCGAGUCCACAACAACAGAACCAACCAUGUUGGUAUUGCCCAUCAUGCCUCUGCAGGGCCUGCUUUUGCGAUAAGGAUGAUGAUAAGAUUGUUCUAUGUGAUGGUUGUGAUGAGGCGUAUCACACUUACUGCAUGAAACCACCUCGUACAUCAGUACCCAGGGGACAGUGGUAUUGUGUCCCAUGCAACAUUGCUAGAGCAAGGGAAGGGAUGAGAAGAUACGAGCAAUGGAUUUUGCAGCAGCACAGGAAGAAUGAAGACAGGCAGUCUAAUGAAGUUGGUGGGUCAAUGGAUUUGCUACUCAGUGCUGCUGAAAAGCUGAGCUCGGAAGAGAAACUGGCUUCACGGCGGUGAUACACAUCGCUGAAACUUGCGAGGUAGUCUACGCAGGGAACUCGGCAACUUCCUAGCGUUGGUGGUGUGUAGAUUGUCCUGUGUUGUUUGUAAGGCUGCUGCAUAGAAGUAGCCUAGAAGAAUUCAGAGUCGCCUAUCUGUUGCAUAUGAGUCUUACAAGGAAAUUAAGCUCGAUGAGACAAGUCAACAGAUUCUUUUGAAGUAGGAACCAGGCUGAUGCCUUUUCUCUUUUUGUAACUCACUAAAUCUGCAAAACAUGAGUUAGAACCUCUUAUGCAAGGUAAUUUAUACAUGUAUCCUAUGAAUAUAAUGUACUUGUUUGAGAAGAAUAGCAUCAAAUUUGGAAGCUUGUUAACUUA